AUGCCCCCUCCCUUUUGUUGGGGUACCCACAAACCCCAUCUGUUUCAAAACGGAGCAUCCUUUUGUGCCUUUCAUUUGCGCACCAACUGCAAUGGUAAAUAUUCUUUCACUGCCCAUUUUGUGUAUGAGAAAGUAAGAUUGCUGGCUGGUAGCUCAGUAGCUCAGACAAACUUGUCGCUGUCGGCCUGCAGAACGGCUCACGCCGGUGCCACGUUCGGGCGGGGGAACGGUGAAAUUGGCUUCAUUACGCGAUGGGCGAUAUUUGGCUCUCAUCUCUGUGUGAUGACAUCACUAAGCGUUUCUGACGGAAUUCGUAUGCUGAACACAUAA